AUGCACAGCAGCCGUCCUCAUCGUAUCCUCAGUCCUUACCUCCGGGUCUGUUCUGCUCAUCUCCCUAAUCCAGGUUCUUCCUUAUCGCAGCAGUGCCAGCUGCUUCGAACGAACCUCGACAGCCCCAUCUCCGGCUAUGAUAUCCAGGAAAUUGUCUUGGCACUUCAGGCUGCUGCGGGCAUUUCUGCCGUCCAUGUCACGAGAACCAUUCAGGAUGUCAUCCAGUAUGCGGAGAGAGUCAACCCUGGAUCCCACUCCAAAUUCACCCUCACCCAGCAGCCUCUCAAGGACGAGAGAUUCGAGGUCAAUAAGUUCAGGUUCUCCUUAUUCCCAAGAUUGGAAGAC